UAGCCAGCCCAGCAUUUCUUUCCGUUUCUUGUUGGCCUGGGCACCUGCGGCCUACUUAUUACCGGGCUGAGGAGCUGUCUCAUUGACUUGCUUAGGCUUAUACAGUUAUGGUUUAAGGUUGGACUUUGUCUUCCUCUUGACUUCUAGACUUGACAAAGAGCUCUUUUCUUCUCCCCCACUCCUGUUGUCUUAUUCUUGAGAACCGAAAUGGGGGUCAGCUUUAUUAUGAUUUCCACUGUUGCCCAUGGACACCAGAUCAGUCUUUAUUUUUACUUCUUCCCCUUAAGCUUCAUAGAGUGACUUCUACAGCCUGGUGCUCUUCAAAGGCUUGGGAUUAUAGCACCCACAAUAGUGGAAAUUAUAAUACUAGCAAAUGGAAGAUGCCAAUUUAUAGAAAUAAUGAUAAUGAAUAGCCCGGAUUUCUUUCUUUUUUUCUUUUUAAUAAUGGAUUCACACAACACAAUAAAUUAUAAUUACAUGUUACCAAAAUACAAUUACUGACUUCACGUAGCAAGCUGGAAUUCAUCUGAGCAUAGUGUACUUGUUGUGUAAACUCAGCCAAUACGAAGAGGAAACUAAUUAAUUUCUUGGAUCAUAAAUGAAAAAAAACCCUGGUAUAUUCUAUAGUAGAACUAUUAGUUCCUCUGAAUAAUGCAUCUCUUUACUCCAUUGAGUCUUUGUUAAACUGUGGUUAAGGCACAAAUGCAAAGUCUUGCAUGCUGAUGAACUUGUUAUACAGUAUUUGCUUUUUAAAUUAUAGGCUACUUUAUGAGAGACAUGACAUGUUAUCUGAAUUGCACAGUGCACAGUUGCAGGACGAUUAUAAAUAGGGAGUCUGGUGGGAAAUGAUAUACAGAAAGUCUGAUUACUAACAAUAAUAGUUAUUAAAAGUGGUCAGUUACAUUUCUAAGUCAAUUCUAUAACUACCUUAUAUAAUAGACUUAACUACCCUUUCCCAAAUUCAGUGAGAUUUAUUUCUAAGACAGUUAGCAAAAGAGUUGGUAUAUAACUUCCUUAUAAAAACAAACAUUUCUUGAAAUUUGCUAUCCAUUGUUUAAUCCUCCAAUAUUUAGGUUAGUGAUUCUGUCUUAGUUUGAGAUAAGUCCCAUUGAAAUCAGAGGUGAUUAUGACUGAAUAUGAAUGCAUGACAUUAUUUGUUAAGAAUGCAAGAGGAGUCCUGCAGGACUAGGCUAACCAAAAAAUCUUUUCCUUUGGCUUUCUAGAAAUGGACUGCUAAUACUAAUGGUAAUUUUUUACUAAUACUAAUGGUGAUUUUUCACAAGAGACGUGAAUUAGGUUCCAUUUACGAAUUGGUUUCUCCUAAUCAGAAAGUUUCUUCCAUCUUUAUAUUCAAAUGAAAGAUACAGUGUGUAGUGGAAAGUAUAACCCAUCUUUCCAGAAGCUGCUUAUAUUUUUUGCAUAGUGUUUUCUAAACUUCAUGCAAAUGAUAAGGCUUACAUAGAUCAUAUAUGUUAAUUUGAGUUACCAUCAAUAUUCUUCAUUUAUUAUAACAUUCUCUUUCAAUUUCGUUGUAUCUUCUUAGAAGCACAGAACACUAUAAUCUGCAAACCCUAUCAAAAUGGGGCCUAGACGGAAAAAUGUGAAAGUAUAUUCCACAAGCCGGGAAAGCCCUGUAUGCAUCAAAGCUGCUGAGCAGAAAGACUACAUGAACCAGCUUUCACAUGAAGUGCUUUGCCAUAUUUUUAGGUAUCUUCCCCUGCAAGAUAUCAUGUGCAUGGAAUGCCUCUCCCGGAAGUUAAAGGAAGCUGUGAUCCUGUACCUAAGAGUAGUAAAAGUUGUGGAUCUCUGUGCAAGUCGCUGGUGGGAGUACAUGCCUACUGGAUUUACAGAUUCCAGCUUCCUAACCUUGCUGAAGAAAAUGCCAGACAUUGAGCAGCUAUACGGGCUUCAUCCCAGGCACCUUGACAGACGUAGGGUUCGCGGUUAUGAAGCUUUCAGCAUUCCAGGGGUGCUAGAAGCUUUGCAAGCUUGCCCAAAUCUCUUAGGUGUUGAGACUUCCCAUUUAGAACUAGUAGAAGCCAUUUGGACAUACAUGCCCCAAGUUCACAUCCUAGGGAAGUUUCGUAAUCGUAAUGGUGCCUUCCCAAUUCCACCUGAAAAUAAACUGAAGAUAACAAUAGGAGCUAAAAUUCAGACUUUGCACUUAGUAGGAGUUAAUGUCCCUGACAUUCCUUGUAUUCCAAUGCUGAGGCAUCUGUACCUAAAGUGGGUGAGGCUCACCAAACCACAGCCUUUUAAGGAUUUCCUUUGCAUCAGCUUACGCACUUUUGUCAUGAGAAAUUGUGCAGGACCCACAAACUCAUUGAAGUAUGUUCCCCUGGUCACUGGCUUGGCUUCUGCUCGAAAUUUGGAACAUCUAGAAUUGGUUCGAGUUCCUUUUCUUGGAGGUCUUAUCCAGCAUGUUGUAGAAGACAGCUGGAGAUCUGGGGGCUUCAGAAAUUUGCACACUAUAGUUCUCGGAGCUUGCAAGAAUGCUUUGGAAGUUGACCUUGGCUACCUCAUCAUAACUGCUGCUCGAAGGUUGCAUGAAGUACGAAUCCAGCCUUCCCUAACCAAAGAUGGAGUAUUCUCUGCACUAAAAAUGGCAGAAUUGGAAUUUCCUCAGUUUGAAACACUACAUCUUGGAUAUGUUGAUGAGUUUUUGUUACAGUGUAAAAUGAUCAACGCAGAUCUAGUGAAGUAUGGAUUAGCUGAUGUGGUUGAAAAUCCAGGCAUUAUCACAGACAUAGGAAUGAAAGCAGUAAAUGAAGUCUUCUCUUCAAUUAAAUAUCUUGUCAUAUACAACUGCCCUCAUCUACAUAAUCCAAGUAGCUGGAUCACAGAUCAUUCAAGAUGGACUCGGCUUUUUGAUCUCACCCUGGUGAGAUGCCAUGCAAUAAAACUAGACUCUUUUAGUCAGUUUAUUGAAUUACUGCCAAGCCUGGAGUUUAUCUCUCUGGACCAGAUGUUUCGGGAACCACCCAAAGGUUGUGCUCGUGUAGGUCUGAGUGCAGGUACAGGAAUUGGAGUUUCCUCUGCUUUGGUGAGCAACCAGAACUCCAACAAUGAAAAUGACAACAAUAAUAAUCACCAGAACAAUAAUGCCAAUAUACACCAUAACAACCACCAGCAACCAAAUGAUCAAAAUGAGGAGAAUGAGUUGCGACAGGAGGAACAGAUUGAAGAACAGCAGAAUGCAGCAGAUGCACUGAAUGAUAUGGAGGAGAUGGCACAGGAAGACGGAGUGGCUUUGGUAGAGAGCCACAGUGAAGCAAUUGCAACUAAUCAAGCACUUCUUCCCAUGGAAAUUGAUGAAGAACAAGCAGGGGAGCUUGAAGAAGAGAAAAACAGAGAGAUAUGGACUGCAGAAACUCCUCUGGGGCCUAGUGGUCUUCAGCCUAAUGUAAACCUAGCACCUAUUACUGUCCAUGAUUCAGACAGUGAAGAUGAAGAUGAAAACAUGGCAAGCUCAAGAUCUUGUAUCACAAACAGCAUUGCACAAAGUUACUCAGAUGGAGAGGAAAGAGUCAGAGAUCCAGUGGAAAUCCAGGAGCCCUUAGCAGUGAGUGGUAAAGGCAAAGCUCCACUGCGGAAAAGAUGCAGUGCCAGCCGGGUGAAGCUUUUUCUUUCUGAGGAGAGCAGCUGUGAAAAGGGCUGCCAAGUCACCAGUGAGCAGAUUAAAGCAGAUAUGAAAGCAGCCAGUGAUGUGACAACAGAAAGAAAUAAACACAAAGAUUGUAACCCAAGCUGUGGUGGGGACACUGGACCUCCAGGAAACUCGUCCACUGCUGCUUCUCAAAGCCUUGAAGAUGUCAGGAAAGCAGAUAGCUCUAAUGAGUCUCUUUCCACAGCUGCAGAGGAUUCUGGGAAGUGUCUCUGUAGGAAUGAAGAUUCCAGUGAAAGGGAUGAUGAGGAUAAUUCUUUAUGCUCCAGGUGUUCCUGUUACGUGCCGCAGAGCCAGCAAAAGAGAACUAAUGGAGGUUCUGAUGGUGAAUGUCCAUCUACCAGUGGAGCCUGUGGUACAAAUGGGCCAUCUGUGGGAGGAGCAGAAUUUUCUCUGAGAACAUUACCAAACUGUGAUUCCUCAGGGGAAGCCAGCAAUGAGAGGACUAAUGAGGGAGUCUGUGGGACUGCUAAUGAGAGCAGUAGUUCCCAACAAGCAAGGUUAGAAAUGGAAUACAAUGAAGAUUAUCCCCGUAGACCUUUAACAAGAGCCAGAAGUAGACUUUCCCAUGUGCCUUUGGUGUCUCAGCCAGAAGCAGCCAAACCAAAAUCUCGACAUUCAGUGAAGAGAAAACGGACAGCUGACAAGUCCACAAGCACCAGUGAUCCUGUGAUUGAGGAUGACCACAUCCAGGUUUUGACACUAAAAUCAAAAAACCUUGUUGGAAUCACCUUGACUAACUGCGGCAUAACAGACCUGGUGCUGAAAGACUGCCCUAAAAUGAUGUUCAUUCACGCCACCAGGUGCCGGGUUCUUAAGCACUUAAAAGUAGAGAAUGCACCCAUUGUCAAUCGGUUUGACUAUGCUCAGUGCAAGAAAUUAAAUAUGGAUCAGGUCCUAGAUCAGAUACUCCGGAUGCCUCCUGAGAGAAACCGGAUUAUUUACCUUCGUCCAAUGCAGCAGGUUGACACGCUGACUCUUGAACAAAAAAUAUUUAGUGGUCCUUACCCAUAUCAUAUCUGUGUUAUUCAUGAAUUUAGUAACCCUCCAAAUGUUCGCAAUAAGGUGCGCAUUCGCAGCUGGAUGGACACGAUAGCAAACAUUAAUCAAGAGCUUAUUAAAUAUGAAUUCUUUCCUGAAGCCACACGAACAGAAGAUGACCUAAAAAAAUAUACAAAAUAUCCCUGGGGGAGAGAUAUUUAUACUCUAGAAGGUGUUGUGGAUGGGGCUCCCUAUUCAAUGAUAACAGACUUUCCUUGGUUGAGGUCACUGAGGACAGCUGAUCCUAAUGGCUAUGCAAGAUACGAUUUUGAAGAUGAUGAAAAGACUACUAUUUAUGCACCCCGGAGAAAAGGACAACUGUCAGCAGAUAUCUGCAUGGAAACAAUAGGUGAAGAGAUCUCUGAACUCCGUCAGAUGAAGAAAGGGGUAUUCCAGCGGGUGGUAGCUAUCUUCAUCCAUUACUGUGAUGUUAAUGGGGAGCCAGUAGAAGACGAUUACAUCUGAAGGGAGCCAGCUGUAAGCCCUCAACCCUUCCUGUGUUUUGACUGGCAUUGCCAGCACAGAAAACAGAUGGAUUUCAUCCACUGCUGUAGUGCACUGAGAAGUCUUGGAAUUUGCGUGCUUCACGAUUACCCCAACACCUACUGGAAUACUGUGUAGUAAAUGUAUAAGGAGAAGUUGCAGUGAAUGCUGAGGACGCUACAUAAAAAAAAAAUCCUCAUGAAGUUGACUUUCUUUCAUAUGUUUAUAUUAUGAAACAUAAUUCAAAUUCCAUUUUAAUGAAGGCAAUUAAUUAUGGCAAGGCAAGUUUGAAUUUCUUAGCUCAUAUAAUUCAUAGCAGUAUUUUUGUUGGUUUACCAGACGCAAAACACUACAUAUGCUGUGUUCAGGAGCCACAGGAGACUUUUAAAUCUGUGCCUUUUUUUUUUUUUUUCCUCUUAAGCAUCUAAGAGUCCAUUCUGAGUAAAUCUGCUGAACAGUCUUUGAGUCUUGUGCAUUUUUCAAGGGGAAAUGAAAUUGGAAAAGCUAAACCAGUGACAAAUGGCAGAAGUGGAAAGAGCAGCCAUGCGAGUGAUUUGCAGAAAACUAUCCCAAAACCCAAAUUAAGACUAGUCUGAGUGUUCAAAUGAAAACACUAGUGGGCUUGAGGGUUCAAGGUUAAUAAAAAGCAAUAAACUAAGAAUAAAUGUCCUCUGCUGCAGUUUUCUUCUUCAGUGCAUAUUGCUUUCAGUAAAGAUGCAAGUGUAUUCUGUUAAAAAAAAAAAAAAAAAGACAAGUCCACUAGUUUUCUAGGUGUGGCUGCUCAUGUUACUUUUGCCUGAAUUGUACAAUGUUAAUUUUGCUUGUAAGUGAUUGGAUUUACCCAGAGCACAUUUCAUGAGUCCAUUGGAAAUCAUACUCCUGCAUAGCUUUUUCAACAUCUUCUGAUAGGGACUGAAAAGUCAUAAAGAAUAAUGGGAAUAACUAUGUCAUAACUUGUAUGCUUAUAACUAGAAUCAUAGAAGUGGGCUAAACCAAAUAAUAUUGCCAGUAGCUAUUGCCCCGUCAGGAUAUUUAAUUCAGCUGAACUCCAUAGUAAUUUACUGUAUACUAAGUAGAUUAACAUCUUGUUGAAUUUGUUCCUAUUAUGUUAAUGGGUGUCAGAUUUUUUUAUUUUCUAUUAUAAGAACAGUCAAAAAAGAGGAAUUGCAUUUCAGUUCCAUUGUUUAUGUGCUAUUUUGUGAACAAAAGGGGCAGGAGGUUAUAAACUCUAAAAAUGACAAUAUAUUCCUCUCUUCUCUGGAUGGCCUUGUGAUAGCUAAAAUAGUUGCAUAAUUAGGCAUUUCAAAAACAAGAUUGCAGUUCUAUUGACUUAUAUAUUGACACUGAAAGGUUACGUAAUCAAGGUUCAAAUAAAACAUCCAUUGCUUAAUAGCAGUUAGAUAUGAACAGGUUUCCUGCUCAGCAAGUGGAAAUGUAUAGUGAUUGGUGUCCAAUCGUGUUUUUCUAUUAUGUAUGUCCCUAGAGAGCUUAUCUCUCUGCUUUUUCAUGCUGGUCUGAAGCAAUAAUUAUACUUUUUGCAUUCAUUAGUGCCACUGAGAGAAGGGGUGUGAAAGGCAAGAGUGAAGAGCAUAUAAUCAAGGAUUUACGUGCUACAUUAGUACAGAAUUAAGCCCUGUGAGAAAUUUGGCUUCAUUUUAUUUGUAUUUUUUAAAUUGUAUAAACAAUAGAAACUUGUAUGUAUGUAUAUUUAUCUGUGGUUGGGUUGUGUUCAGUGUGAGUGAAUGUGUGUCUGCACAAGUGCAUAUACAUAUAAUGAUGUCAUCUGACUCCCCUCCUAUUUUGCUUUUUAUAAGAGCAAUUAAAAGAGCAUUGAAGUUUAACUUUUCAAUGGUAACUUUGAAAGGCUGAAAUAACAAUUUCAAACCAUAAAAUCAACUAUAUUUACUUCUUUUGAGGGCCUCUUGGACCUAAUUUCAUGGUUUGAUAUAUUUACCUUCUAUUAUGACUCCAUUAGCAAGGGUUCAUCCCUUGUGUUAGUACAUUGGCUUUAGUGAUAGAACAGAGAGAAUGUCCUGAAGCCCAGCCAACCUAAGAUGUUUUAAUAAUCAUAUUUAUUGCUGAAAAGUAGUAGAUCAUUGUCACUUAUAAAGUCUUUCACUUAUAAGAGCUCCUCAAUCUUCAACCGUUCAGAUGUUUUCUGAAAGUUCUACUGACCAGGCGUGUUUCUGAUUAUUUCUUCUUCUUCCUCAUCUAUAUUUGUUUAGAAUAAAUAAGACCAGAAGUAGAGUAAGCAGAUAGGGAAAAGAAUCAGGCGAUAAAGAACUGGACAUCCAAUAAAAACAUAGAAUAUC